CUAGACUAAGGUUAAUGGUCCUGCUGCUGGGGAUUGGCGUUCCCGUCCACGCGACGAGAGCCCACUCCUCCGGCCGAUUCCGUUUUCGGUGUGAGUAAAUCUUAUACAAAAUCUGGACUUGGUCACCAAUUUGGAUCUGCCAUACAAAACCGUCGACCGGACCGCUGCUGUCAAACAAAACUGUUACACGAGGACUAAGAGGUUUCCAUUGUGUUGUUUAUGCGUUUAAUGAGUUUGCAACGAAGCUAGGUGCCAUAGCUAACAAUCCACUGGUGUGUCUAAAAAUUCAUCAUAGUUCGGUAUGACGCUGUGAGGGCCAGCCCCUUCGGUCACUAGUGGCAACUGUGAUCCACGGAGACAUUCGCGACCGGAUGCACCACUAUUCGCCGGUAGCGUGCCGUUCUGCUGUGGCUGCUGAUUGCAGCCAGACACUGCACUUACGUUCCAAACACUAGUAGAGAGACAUCGAACGAGGUAGAAAAUGAGGGACUCGUCAACGGCGGGCGACAACGAGCUGUGGUCGGCGACCUGGACGUACGAGCUGCCGGACACCGACUGGUCCCCGGACCCCGAGCUGCAGCGGUUGCUGGAGAGCGCGUGGACAGAGCGGCAUGAUACGGGCACUGGGUUUCGCUACCGUGUGAACAUCGAGCGAGAACGUAUCGCCCCGGGACGGUUUGGGUUUCUGCUACAGCUCAACCGCAGCCGCUUGUCCGAUCGCCGUCAACCGCAACAGUUCGCACAACACGCACCGUUCGACGCGAGUAAAUUCAAUUUUAAUUGGGUCGCCCCCGGUGAGAUAUUGCUCGAGCUGGCGGUAACAGCCGGCGCAGGUUCCGGUGACCGGGUUCCGGUAACGUUGCUGAUAAACAACAGCCCCCUGUCGGUGUUUCAUUCGCUCGUCGUUCCGGAGCGCACUCAGCAGAGGGCCCAGUCCCUAACGCCAAGUGCCGUACGCGUGGCCCUCGAGUUGCUCUACCGGCUACCGGACCGACGUUACCGCCUUGCCUACAACAGCCCUGGAGCGCUUGCUUCCGUAAAUCACUUGCAUCUACAUCUGGUGCGCAUCGAGCACGAGCUCUACGUUCAACGGGCGCCUUUGGUCCCGGUGGACAAGAGCCAACUACUCUACCGGCUAGCCGAUGGGUUACCGGCGCAAGGCUUCUGUUACGAGCUGCGCAACCCUAACCGGGACACGGCUAUCGUUUUCCGUGGACUUAAUGAACUGCUAGCGACCCUAGCUAGGCGCCAGAUGGCGCAUAACCUGUUCUUCACCUGGACGCACCUGUCGCGGGAGGCUGACGACGCAUGCAUCCGCGUGUUGGUGUAUCCGAGAGUGCAGCCCUGCGCCAACAAGCGGGCUUGCUCGUUCAACGCUGCUGCGCUCGAGCUGAGCGGGUACGUGUCGGUAGGCGAUCCGGUUGACUAUGAACGUCUCACGGAAGAUUCAAUUCGAGGGGCGCUGUACGAUGCACAGGGAGACGUUUACGGAGCGCUACUUUUAAACCCUGCCGAUAAUGGUUAAUUGUGAUACUUUUAACAAUGUGAAACUACCGAUAAACGUAUUGGUGAUUAUUAUAGUUGACAGUUGCCCGCUCGUACUGUCGCACCCUGCUUUGAAAAGAGAUCAGCCAUGGCGGCCAAUUUUGUUAAAAACCAUUGUUUCAUUUUCAUCAUCAUCAUCAUCAUGUCCAGCGGUCCGAGGCCUACAACAGCCGUCGAGUGCCUUCGUCCUUCAACUCGUUAAACCGUCCCUUCCCUCGAUCAAUCACUAUCGAUGUAGUCGAACCCUCACGAACGCACUACUAAUUCAUCUAUUAACCAUUAUCUAAGCUACGACAAGCCAAUCGUCUAGGGCCAAAACAUGUUCGUACGGCACAACACGAACAGCUUUACUUUGGGACCGCACCAGGAAAGAAAUGCUUUGACCUACGACAUACUUUUGAAGAAAUCCAUCGUGCGUGUGCGGCACAGGGCGACUGCGUCGGGGAACCUCCGUUACAAUGGACAAUGUUCGCUAGUGACGGCAAACAGAUUUUGCCGUUUUAAUCUACUGAACGAUAGAUGACAACCGAUGAAUGCUGGUAGAACUGCGUUUCCUGAUGGUUACCGCCAUACUGACGCGUAGUGUUAGACGAACGUAUAAACCCCCUACGUAUCAUCGUAGCACAUCGCACAUCGUCACUACGCACCAAUGCGAGACCGGUGUCGUACCGGUCCAUAAUUCAAUUAGCGUUAAAUGUGAAAAUGCAAACCGCUCAUUGCAACGCCAAUGGACGAUGUGAACAGCCGGACUGCCCGGACCUCAAGGUAGCACACACCUACCUCACAAACCCUCUUACGUACAUACACAAUAUGGAAAGAAAACGAAGCGCAAUCCGAGAACAUUGAUAAACCACAUAAAAAUAUUAUUUUCCAUUCAUUAUCUAUCUA